AACUCAAACAAGUCCUCAUCGAGCUGAGUUCGAAGCUUUGAAGCAGUGUCGAAUGCCGAUAGAGACCAUUUAUAUCGCCAGACAUGGGUUUCGGCUGAAUUGGGUGACCACUCAGUGGAAGUCAGUUACAGGCUUGCCCCGCGAUCCCCCUCUUGCCGCCUUCGGUUUGACCCAGGCUGAGGAGCUAGCAGAGUACUUCAAGGGCCUGCCUGUUGAGGAGCGGCCGACAGCCAUCUUUUCCUCCCCUUAUUAUCGCUGCCUGCAGACAUCAAACCCUACUUCCGUCGCGUUGGACGUCCCGAUCUUUGUUGAACACGGUCUCUCUGAAUGGUACUCGCCUGCUAGCCCCGGGACCGGGCUUCACCCUCGCCCCGCUUCCGCCUCUGCCCUUCGGGAGUUCUUCCCCGAAAUCGACGACUCGUGGGCCUCAAUCUGGUACCCCUCGCGCAAGGGCGAGGACGUUGAGCAAUGCCAUGACCGCUGCGGUGGCCUGCUCAAAGCUCUCAUCCCGGAGGUUGAGCGAAGGUUUGGCGACAGGCAUAAGAAGAUUUUGCUCGUGAGCCAUGCUGCGACGAUCAUCGCCCUAACCAGGGAGCUCCUGGGCGAUAGGUCGUUCCUCAUCAGAGUAGGAUGCUGCUCUAUUACCGAAAUGAGCCGAAAUGAGAAGCAAACGGCUGUCACCGGUCAGUGGUAUGCCAAGCGGGUUGCAGACGGUAGUCACCUCAAGGAAGGAGCCUCUCGAGACUGGGGCUUCGAGGAUAUUCAAAUCGCCGAUGGGAAGGUCGUCGAUGAUGUUGGAGUUCGAGGAGAGGAGAUGGAGGAGGACGAACCCGUCGGUCUACAAUUGCCAGAACUAUCGCGCAUGUAAACAGUUUUCAGAAUUCCAUGUGGAAUCACAUUCGGAA